CUCACAUUUUCCACACCGUUACUUCCCGUUUGACCCACAUUCAGAGCGGACGGCGCGCCGCUCUGUUGCGUCGCGGUGAACCGGGCCACUGUCUCUUUAAAGAGAGGGGCAGCGCUGCCGGAGCUGCAGCCCUGUACGGAUUGAACCUUCGCUCACUCCAAACCCAUUCAUAAAUAACACAUCGUGAAGAAAGGAAGUGUAGUUGCAUCUGAUUUCUCAUUCAGCAGACCGGAUGCGAGGGUCUAGCAGGAACCAGACAUGCUCAUCUCGGUCGGGGACUGUGAAUCGGGGCCAUGGGUGAGAGAGCAAAAGUGACUUCCGAUGGCUGACCCCCCUUCUAAUGGUUUUGACUUCAUGUACGAGGCAUCAGGAGGCGGCUUGUUUGUGUUCAGAGCACACUCGGCAAAACAAAAAUAUGUUCAUUUCCGCGCGGGGCUCGGUGAAUUUGUGUGUGUAGGUUCUUCCGCUCAACCCAAACAAGCCCGGUCUGAACAGCCUGCCGCUUCCACCUCUCUGUUUUCUGUCAAAUAAAGACACACUAGCGGAACCGAGGACUUGGUCCACCAAUGGAAGAGUGAGUUAUGGCAGCUAAAGAGGACCUCUACUCCAAAGUGACCCCGCGGAGGCAGCGCCAGAGCCGGCCAGGCACCGUGAAACAUGGGUCCACUCUGGACGUGCUGCUGUCCAUGGGCUUCCCCAAGACCAGGGCGCUGAAAGCUCUUGUCUCAACAGGAAGCAGAAAUGUUCAGGCAGCUUGUGACUGGCUCUUCUCCCAUGUGGACGAUCCCUUCCUGGACGACCCUUUGCCCAGGGAGUACGUGUUAUAUCUGCGGCCCAGCGGACCACUGCUGCACCAGCUCACACACUUCUGGCAGCAGUCCCGCCACGCCUGUGGCAAAAACAAGGCACACAACAUCUUUCCCCACAUCACCCUCUGCCAGUUUUUCAUGUGUGCAGAUGGGAAGGUGGAGGCUCUCUCCGACGCUCUCCAGACCACUGUGGCCAAGUGGAGGGGUCGCUUUCCUGUGCCCCUGCCCCUGGAGCUCUACACCUCCUCAAACUUUAUCGGCCUCUUUGUGGAGGAACAGGUGGCUGAGGUGCUGAAGAGCUUCGCUGCUGACUUUGCUAUGGAGGCAGCCGCUAAAGCAGAUGCUCAUGUGGAACCCCAUAAGAAACAACUUCAUGUCACAUUGGCUUACCACUUCCAGGCCAAUCACCUGCCAAUGUUGGAGAAGUUGGCCAAGAAUGUAGACGUCUCUUUAGGCUGUGAUUGGAUGGCUGUGCUGUUCUCCCGGGAUAUUCGGUUUGCUAAUCAUGAGACGCUGCAAGUAAUGUACCCGUAUGUGCCUCAGAAUGAGGAUGAGCUCGAGCUGGUGCCAGGGGACUUUAUCUUCAUGUCUCCGGUGGAGCAGGGCAGUGCCAGCGAGGGCUGGGUGUACGGCACCUCGCUGAGCACGGGGUUGUCUGGCCUGCUGCCUGAAAACUACGUCAACCGUGCCGAUGAGUGUGACACCUGGGUCAUCCAUGGGUCUCACUCCUUCCUCAACUGUGCCUCCCCAUCAAAUUCUGGCAAUAUUAUGGGUGGUUUAUUAUUUGAUGGACAGUUGGAUGGCCUUGGGGAUCCACCCAGCCUCAGUGGCCUCUGUCUACCAAUGCAGAUGUCAAGGCCGAGCAGCCAGUCUUGCCUGUCUAAGAGGAGCCUGUUUGUGUGUCGCCAUGGGGAGAGGAUGGACGUGGUGUUUGGGAAACACUGGGUCACUCAGUGCUUUGAUUCCAAAGGCCGAUACGUUCGCUCUAACCUCAACAUGCCACCCAGCCUGCCAGCCAGAAGUGGGGGCUACCGGGACUACGACAAAGAUUGUCCAAUAACUGUGUUCGGCUCCACCCAGGCCCGUCUAGUAGGUGAGGCUCUACUGGAAAGCCACACAACAAUAGACUUUGUGUACUGCUCUCCCUCGCUGCGCUGUGUCCAGACUGCACAGCACAUUCUGCAAGGUCUCCAGCAAGAGGGAAAGACAAAAAUCCGUGUGGAGCCUGGAUUGUUCGAGUGGACCAAGUGGGUUUCAGGCACAUGUUUACCUGCCUGGAUCCCCCCUGCUGAGCUGGCUGCUGCUAACCUGAGUGUGGACACAACGUACAGACCUCAUAUUCCCCUCAGUAAAUUGGGGGUGUCGGAGUCCUAUGACACGUACAUCAGCAGGAGCUUCCAAGUGACCCGUGAAAUCCUGGCAGAAUGCAAAAACCAUGGAAACACGGUCCUGAUUGUGGCUCAUGCUUCUUCCCUGGAGGCCUGCACUCGCCAGAUGCAAGGCCUCAGCCCCCAGAACUCCAAGGACUUUGUCCAAGUCGUCCGAAAGAUUCCCUACUUGGGUUUCUGUGCUUGUGAGGAAAUGGGAGAGACAGGGGUGUGGCAGAUGGUCGACCCACCCAUUCUGCCUCUGACACAUGGACCCAAUCACAGUUUCAACUGGAGGGAAAUGCUAAUGCAGGACUGAGGAAUAUGCUUUUUGGCCCUCCAUGUGCUGAUGGCGAUGAACUGCUGGAUAAAUAUUUAUUCUCUACCCACACUGCUAUAAACCCAACCCAACUAUAUAAAAAAAAUCUGGCUUCCGUCAAAAACAACAUGGAAAAAAGCUCAUUCGAUGACACAAAUGUAUUUCAGAUACACUGCUCUUGAAUGAGAAGGUACUGUAUGUGUGGACAUCAGAGCAGAGGUGAGCUACAGGUUGACCUGCGAUCUGUCCCAUGGUCGUCCAAGUUCAAGCUCUAACCACAAAUGAAGAAAUGUUUCAAGAAAUCUGAAUAUUUCUUGUUGGUUUAUGGUUGCUGAUAGUUCCUCAGGUUUUGUGCCAUGAGAAAUUGUUACUGAAGAUUCUGGGGAGUAAAAUACAUAUACUGCCUCCUCAUACACUGUGACAAGAAAGAAGCGAGAGAGACUUGUACCACAGAAAUUAUUUUUCAUGUCUGAGAAAUUAUUCAUUUGAGCUUCAUGUGCAAACCUUGUGAGGAAAAAAAAAGCACAACAGAAAUGUGACUUUUGACAAUCAGACAGGAGAGAGCUGGUUCAUGGCUGAGGUGGAUAGUUUAAUGUACCUGGUUUGUUCCUGUAAAUUUCAUAUCAUAAAAUAAGUUUCUAAGUUAACAUUUAGCUGACCACAGCCAAGAACCCUUUUAUAAUCCUUGUAUAACCUUCUUGUAACAGCUAUGAUAAACAAGCAAUAUGUUGGGGCAAUUUGGAUUGGCAACAGAUGCCAGCAUGGAAAAUAAAGCAGUUAAAAUGAGUGUGGAUGAUGUAGUGACUGCUGCUAACUGCACUGACUUAAAAUGUUGCUUGUUUAUCAUGGCUUUAAAGCCCUGUCACUAUCUGUAAGCAUGAUCACAUUGCUUUUCAAAUAUUUGAUGCAUUUUUAUUUUAUUUUUUGAUUACAUGAUUUGACUGCUUACAAGUUAUUUUUGUAUAAAUCCUGUUGAUGCUCUGA